UAUAACAUUCCCUAUAAUUUCAGGAUAGGUUUUCUUCAAAAUUCAAAAAUACGGUGAAGUCUGAUUAAUAUUAUCGGAGAAGGCAAAACUAAUUUAAAUUCACAGAGAGUGCAUAUUACAGUUAAAAAAUUAACUAUAGACCUAUCUACAUAAAUGAUGUAUAGGUUCAAACUUUAUCAUCCAUUAGAAUAUUCGUCAGACAAUAUUUAUGGCCUAAUUAUUUGAAAGUGAAUACACAGAAUGUUAGACAUUUAUUUCGUUGUCCAUUUACUGCCAGUUAUUAUUAUUCAUAAUUAGGCGUUAGCUUUCAGAGUCGAAAAUUAGUCUUGAAGAACCGAAAAGGAGCGAAUAGAAUAAACACAAAUUUAAUUGUGAACCUACAUAAUGAAUCUUGAGACUCAUAAAAAUCCAAUAUCUAUAAUGAAAUUGCUGAAAUUGAUGACAGUGGAACCCGUGAUGUUAUUUUACGUGACAUCUUCCAUGAUGGCUUCUCUUACCACUGAAAACCUGAACCUUGAAAAAGCAUGCUUGGUUAAUAUAGGUUUCAACAAAAGCAUAUGUCAAGCCAUGGUGGUUAGAAAUAGAUCUGCAUACACAGCAGACCAAGAGAUCAGGGUGCAAAAAUUGGUAGCAAGCAUGCUCGUCUAUAAAACUGCCAUACAAGGAAUUAUACCAUUCUUGCUGAUGCUGUUCUUGGGUUCUUGGAGUGAUCGUACUAAGAGAAGAAAACCCUUCAUUUUUAUGCCGAUAUAUGGAGACAUUACCAGCACUUUGGGAUACAUCAUCUGCACUUAUUUCUUUCUGGAACUUCCAUUGGAAGUUGCUAUCUUCUUCGAAGCAGUACCAGUAGCACUGACUGGUACUUGGUUCUGUUUUUUUGUUGGCAUUUACAGCUAUGUUACGGAAAACAGUUCUGAAAAAACUAGAACAAUGAGGGUAGGAAUUGCAACAAUGUUCACUCACGUUUCUCUCACCUCUGGUAUAGCACUGAGUGGAGUAGUUUAUAAACUUCUUGGUUUUUAUGGAGUAUACAGCUUAUCUAUCCUCAUGUUUAGUAUUGCGUUAUUGUAUGGGUUCUUAGUUCUCGAAGAUAAUGAUAGUUUGAUCCCCGAAGAACGUCCCAAGAAGUUUUUGAGGGAUGUUUUUGACUAUCGUCACGUGGCAGGUACAUUGUCGAUUUGCUUGAAAAAGAGGGAAAAUAACAGAAGACUAAAGUUGAUGCUGAUAAUGGCUUUGGUUCUCCUCAAUGUUGGUUCCUAUAGAGGAGAACUUACAGUUAUGUAUAUGUUUACUAGGAGAAAGUUUACGUGGAGUGAGAUAGACUACAGCGGAUACAAUACUUAUCAUAGUAUAGUACACAUGACAGGUGCAUUAUUUUGCUUAUGUGUUUUCAUCAAAUGGAUGAAAAUAGAUGACACUACUUUGGGUAUGUUAGCCAUGAUAAGUAAAGUUGUUGGUUGUUUUGCAAGUGCAUUUGCUGCUAAGCCUCUGUACUUUUAUUUGGCUGCAUUGACCGAGAUUUUUAAUGGUAGCUCCCAUAUAGCCAUGAGAUCAAUUAUGUCAAAAUUAGUGACGUCAGAUGAGCUGGGUCAAACAUUUGCACUUUUUGGCCUCUGUGAGGCUCUAACACCUCUUUUAUGUGGACCCUUGUAUAGUUAUGUUUACCAAAAGACCAUAGAGAAAUUUCCAGGAGCUUUCUACUUUGUCAGUGCUUGUCUUCAUACUGGUGCAUUCUUGAUUUUCUUAUGGCUGUAUUUUCUUAGAACAAAAAACGUAGUUCGAAAUGAAGCAAUGAAAGAUAAUGGGAAUGUCGAAAUAUUAGACAAAACAGAGGGAGAUUUGUUGAAAAGUGACUGUUAAAAUUAUACAUUACCUUUGUUUUUGUAAAGUCAAAUCAAGUUUGAAACUGACCUCUAUUGAGAUAAUAAAUUUUUAGUCCAAGUUAUUUCCAAAAUUGUUUUCAUGCACGUCUCCAGAUUGCUUUAUUAUAAAAUGUUGUUUAUCUCAUUAAAAACAAGAACAGGGAUCAAAUAAGGGAAGGAGCAUGAAAGUGCGUCAGUGUUCCACGCAAUGGCGGCAUCAAAAUUAAACUCAUCCUAAUAAGCAAAGGUCGGAAUUUCACACUCGAGUUGGUGUUUCCUGUUUCCGGAAAAUCACAGAGAUCGCGAGUGACAUUAAAACCAACGCCAUUGGGGAAAUGAAAGCUUAGUAUUACGAGCGAACAGCGACGGCUUAGCCCAAAACUGCCACAAGUAAUGAAAUGGAAUAAAUUUCAUUUGCAUGUGCACAGUUGAAAUGGAAAAGUGACAAAAUUAAAUUGUUGCC